AUGGGCGGCCGUGUGGGGCGUGAGGUGUACGUACACCUGGCGCGGGGCGGCGCGCAGCAGCAGCAGCAGCAGCAGCAGCAGCAGGAGCCCGGAGGCGGCGCGACUUGCGGCGAAGCAGCAGCAAAGGAGCUGCUGCUGGCUGCUGCAGCAGCAGCAGCAGCAGCGCAGCAGGAGGGGCCCCGGGCGGGAAAGAAGAACUAG